CGGCGUCGCCCUCCGACCUUCACCGAGGCCGGCGAUCCGCUCCGCCUCCUUUCGAAUCUUUACCACUACCCAAAAUGGCGGCUGAGGUGGAUUUUGGCGACUUAGAGCUAUUUGAGGCGUUUGGCCCUCAGGAGGAGUCCACUCCGAAGCCCGUGCACACCCGCUUCAAGGACGACGACGAGGAGAGUGCGGUUGGCCACUCGGCGCUGAGGGCGCAGCUUCGGCACUGUGAGGAAACCAUAGAGCACCUCCGCGCCGAGAAUCAAGAACUUAGGAGAAAAUUGAACAUUCUGACACGACCCAGUGGAAUGCUGGUGAACAAUACCAAGACAGAUGGACCAUUAUUACAAAUUCUAUUUAUGAACAAUGUUAUUUCAAAGCAAUAUCAUCAAGAAAUAGAGGAGUUUAUAUCAAAUUUAGUAAAAAGAUUUGAGGAACAACAAAAAAAUGAUGUGGAAAAGACUUCCUUUAGCCUUUUACCCCAGCCAUCCAGUAUUGUAUUAGAAGAGGACCAUAAAAUGGAAGAGUCAAGUGCCAUUCAAAAUAGCAAGGAAGCUUUUAGUGUUGUAGGAAGUGUCCUGUAUUUUACUAAUUUUUGCCUUGAUAAAUUGGGGCAACCUCUACUAAAUGAAAACCCUCAGCUUACCGAAGGAUGGGAAAUACCCAAGUACCAGCAAGUCUUCAGCCACAUUGUUUCUCUAGAAGGGCAAGAAAUACAAGUAAAAGCAAAAAGGCCAAAGCCUCACUGUUUCAAUUGUGGUUCUGAAGAACAUCAAAUGAAGGAUUGCCCAAUGCCUCGGAAUGCUGCUCGAAUAAAUGAAAAGAGAAAAGCAUAUAUGGAUGCUUGUGGUAGUGAAACAAACAAUCAGAGUUUCCAGCAGCGGUACCAUGCAGAAGAAGUAGAAGAAAGAUUUGGAAGAUUCAAGCCAGGAAUUAUUAGUGAGGAACUUCAAGAUGCAUUGGGUGUGACAGAUAAGAGUCUUCCCCCUUUUAUCUAUCGGAUGCGCCAGCUAGGAUAUCCACCUGGGUGGCUCAAGGAAGCUGAAUUGGAGAAUUCAGGGCUUGCACUCUAUGAUGGAAAAGAUGAUGCUGAUGGAGAAAUGGAAGCUGGAGAAGUACAACAAGCUAAAAGUGUCACUUAUGAUCUCUCAAAAUUAGUAAACUAUCCAGGUUUUAAUAUAUCUACUCCCAGAGGAAUUCCUGAUGAAUGGAGAAUGUUUGGCUCCAUACCAAUGCAGGCGUGUCAACAGAAGGAUGUGUUCGCUAGUUACCUUACUUCCAACUUCCAAGUGCCAAGCACAAAGUCUGGCAGCAAGCGGUCUUCAUCACAUUCCAGCCCUAGUAGUCCAAAGAAGCAGAAGAAGGAAGGAAGCUCGGCCACCUCCCCUGCCGACAUGGAACUCGACUCAGAUGUGGAGGUGCCACAUGGUUCUCAGAGCAGCAAAGCUUUUCAGUUUCAACCACCAUUGCCUCCUGGCACACCUCCGCCACUGCCACGAGGAACGCCUCCACCCAUCUUCACUCCUCCACUCCCUAAGGGUACCCCGCCACUGACUCCCUGUGACUCACCUCAGCCCCGACCCACAGCCAUGGAUGAGGACGCACUGACGCUGGAGGAACUUGAAGAGCAGCAGAGGCAGAUCUGGGCAGCUCUCCAGCAGACUGAUGGCAUCAACAGUGACUCUGAUAUUCCUGUGGACACACCUCUAACUGGUAAUUCGGUUACCUCCUCACCUUGUCCAAAUGAGCUUGACCUUCCUACCCCAGAGGGAGCAGCAUCUGAAGGGCGGGUGCUGGAUGAACCUGAUGUUCCAGAUACUUCUACAGAGACAGCCAAAGGUGAGCUCCCCUCCAGGCCCACAUCUGAGCCCACAUUGCUUCAUCAGAAGGAGGAAGAAAAACCGGCAGAGGUGGACCCCCCAGGGGCUCUUCUGGAUAAUGGCACUGUCGUAUUAGACUGUGACGCCAGGAAUGGGGGCCAGCAGAAGCUCCUUCAGGUGGACACCUGUUCUUCCACAGCUACGAAAAUUCACAGCCCCAUACCUGACAUGAGCAAGUUUGCAACUGGAAUAACACCAUUUGAAUUUGAGAAUAUGGCAGAGUCUACUGGGAUGUACCUCAGGAUAAGAAACUUGUUAAAGAACUCACCCCGAAAUCAGCAGAAAAACAAAAAGGCUUCUGAAUAACUGCAUUAUGUAUCACUGAGAGCUACUUAAUGACUUAGAGCUGUUCUUUAAUUAGCGCUAGAGGACAGAAACAAUUCUUUUCCUGUUUGUCCUGCCCACGCUUAAAAAAAAAAAUCAAUCCAAGGUUUAAUUGUGGUCUCAAUUCAAGCCUAUUUUAAAAUGGAAUGACCAGGCCCACUACUUUUGCUAUCUUGUAUUCUCUGACAAAAACCUCAGUGGGGAGUGAACUGGAGCUUGUUUAGAGAUAGUUUGGUAAGGUUUCUACUAUUUUUGGAAUGUGAAUGUCCAUCAAGAGUAAUUUUUUUUAUGUUUUUUGUACAUUGUUUUCCCUUUCUACAUUUUGCUAAUUAUCCUGUAUAUAUGUUUAAUAUAUCACUUAAAAAAAUUCUAACCAUUUUAAAUUCAUAUUUCAAAUAUGACAACCAAAUGAGAAAAAUCAGGGAUGAGCAGCUUUAUCCUCUUUGGGGUAUUUUUAUAAGAUUUAAUGCAUGAAUUUUAAUGACACUUUUUGUAACUUCAUUCUUCAAAUACACUUAAUUACAGGUAUGUUCACCUUUGUGUACAGAGGUUUAAUAAAUUAGUUUUAUUAUA